AUGGAACAGAUCCAUCUCCAUCCGAUUGAUUCUCAGCUUGCUGUCAACCUUAAUCACAUUAACUCCUCUUUAAGCUUCUUUCAUAAGGCUUGGGCUUCCUGGAUUAUGCAAAGAGCCAAUGAAAAAUGGAUAUCUAACGGGGAAGAUGACUUAGGAUUCCUGUAUGCUAGAAUAAAAAACAGGAGUAACAUCAAUAAGAUCAAGGAGAUCUCUACUUAUGCUGGGCGUUUUUCCAGCCAUUAUGAUAUUGUUAAGGCCACGGUUGAUUACUUUAAAGAGAUCUUUAAUCUCCCUAGUCCGGAUAACUCAAGUUCCAUCUUUAUCCCCAAAGGCAACAUUAUUCCUAACAACCUCACUCACGGCCUGAUUGCUCCUGUCACUGAUCUGGAAAUUAAAGAGGUGGUUUUUGCUGGGGCAACUGGCUCUGCUUCGGAGCCUGAUGGCUUCAUAUUUGAAUUUUACAAACACUCCUGGGAGAUUACUGGUUUCUAUGUAUGUCAAGCUAUUAAAAAUUUUUUCAAGGACGACACCCUUCACAACUCUGUGAAAGCUACGGCUAUUGUUCUUAUUCCCAAAAACUCCUAUGCCACCCAUAUCACUGAUUAUAGGUCUAUUUCUUUAUGCAAUACCUUCUACAAAAUCAUUGUUAAGCUUUUAGCCAAUCGUAUGAAAGAGAUCACGCCCCUCAUUAUCCAUGAGAGUCAAGCCGGUUUCAUUAAAAAAAGGGUAUCUUCGAAUAUUAUCAUUUUGGCUAAUAAAAUCUUGAGGGAUUUUGGCUCUAGAAAGGAUAAAGAGUUCUUUUGUGCUAAGCUUGACAUUCAAAAAGCUUUUGACUCCGUCUCAAGAGACUUUAUUAUUGCUCGCUUACAUGAGAAAGGAUUUCCUCUGAAAGGGUUUCUUUCAAUCGUCGUCUGGCCUUCGGCAGGGCUGCCGCUGUCUCCUCUUUUAUUUUCCAUUGCCAUGGAUGCUUUAUCUUGUGCUCUUGAUGCUGGGAGAUUUUGUGGUAUUACGAAUGAUCCCAAUGCUUAUAAUCACUUACUUUAUGCUGAUGAUGUGCUUGUUUUUAGCCCGGCCACCCUUAUUAAUGCUUUGGCUCUUAAUGAUACUUUGGAGUUAUUUGCUACUUGCUCUGGCCUCCAGGUUAACAAAAACAAAUGUUCCAUCCUUUUCUCACAUUCUUCCUCCAUGACUGAUGACAUUAAAAGAACUCUUGGUUUCACCUCCUCUUAUGUAUUCCUGAAAUACCUUGGCAUCCCCAUUUCUACUAAAAGAUUGACCUCUACUUACUUCCAACCACUCCUGAGCAGACUUUCUGCUCUACUUGCUGGUUGGAAAAUUAAGUUUUUGUCUUUUGCAGGGCGCAUUCAAUAUCUCAAAUUUACCAUUGCCAAUACUAUUGCAUAUUGGAUUCGGGGUGCGAUAAUACCUAAAAGUUGUUGCAAAUGUAUUGAUAGAAUGUGUGCCAAAUUCCUUUAUCAUGGAUCUGCCACCGAGAAGAAGCUGCAUCUUAUAGCCUGGAGAAAAACGUGCUUACCGACCUGUUUUGGUGGUUUAGGCAUUCCCGAUAUCAAGUACUCCAUUCAAUUUGGGCGCAAUUGUAGCUUUAUUUGGAGAUUUUACAACACCAGCACUCUCACCUCUAAAUGGCUCAAGUCUAAAUUCCACUCCCCUUACAAGCCUCCACCUAAAUCUGCUUCCACUUUUUGGAAAACCAUCUGCUUAGUUGCUGCUCGUAUUAAGCACCUUAUUCAGUUUCAUAUUAUAAAUAUAAACAUCAAUCUUUCUUUGACUUGGGAUCCUUGGCUUAAUGGCAAAUCUUUACAUGAUUUGUUUCCUCACCUCCAUUAUGCAAACUUUGAGGUGAAGGAUUUUAUCAUUAAUGGUAUUUGGAACUUUAGGGGAAGGCUAUCUGAUGAGGUUUACACAUUUGUGGAUUCCGUUCCCUUUUCUGAUGACAACUGGAAUAUCUCUUGGAUUGGAGAGGGAAAGCCUAAUUUUAAAACUUUUAAAAUGCUUUAUUUUGUUGAUCAUGGGAAAUUCCCUUGA